CAGAGCAGCUGCUCCUCCCCAAAUAUCUUGCCCCGUCAACAGCUUCAGGCACAGCCCAGGGAGAAAGAGCAGAAGAGAAGAAGGCGGGCGAGCGAUGGCUGCCAAGGCCGUCUCCUUCCUGGUGCUCGCGCUCCUGCUCCUCGCCGUCGCGUUCCCCGUGGAGGUGGUGGCCGGCGGCGGCAAAGGCAAAGGGAACGGCUACGGCAACGGGAACGGCAAUGGCAACGGCAACGGCAACGGCGGCGGCAACCUGAAGCCGUGGGAGUGCUCGCCCAAGUGCGCGUCGCGGUGCUCCAACACGCAGUACAGGAAAGCCUGCCUCACCUUCUGCAACAAGUGCUGCGCCAAGUGCCUCUGCGUGCCCCCGGGCUUCUACGGCAACAAGGGCGCCUGCCCCUGCUACAACAACUGGAAGACCAAGGAGGGAGGGCCCAAGUGCCCCUAGAUCAGAUCAGAGAUCAGAUCCCGGCCGCCAUUGCUCUCCUCUGGUGGCCGCCGCUGUCAGGAUCCACCGGCUUACUUGCUGAUGAUCCCUGCACUGUUCGUGUUCCGUUCUCCUCCCUAGCUGCUAGGUGUGUUAGUCACGCCUUGUUUGCUGAAUCUGGGAUGCUUGCUAUUCCGAGCAGAUCUGGGUGCUGCAUCAUGUGCUGCUAGUGCUACUGUUGGUGAGGCAUUAGGAAAGAACAAAUCAGGAGGGAGAGUUAGGAUUCCUAUGGAGGGAGGCAUGGCAUUGGCAUGUGCAUCCCUCCUCCCUAAGCACGGCUACUACUCUGUUUAGUAGGACUUGAUUAAAAUUAUGCAGCCUAAUGAUGGAAACCCCGCACCAUCACUGGGGCAUGCCAAGCCUGGUAGCCUUGCUAUUUGCAGUUUGCCAGAUUGCCAGAUUGCGCUCGCGCAGAGCUAAUAUAUACUAUUUCGUUCUGAA